AUGACAGAAGCCAGAAAUGACUUGAAACACAUUGCUGUGCUAGCAUUCCCCUUUGCCACUCACGGCCCUCCACUUCUUAGUCUCGUUACAAGGCUAUCUGCUACUGCUUCACAUGCAAAGUUUUCAUUCUUCAGCACAAAAGAAUCCAAUAUCAAACUCUUCUCCAGUGAUUUAGACAGGUUGGAAAACAUAAAACCCUACAAUGUUCAGGAUGGCUUGCCGGAGAACUACAUCUUUUCAGGGAAUCUCGACGAAACAAUAGAUUAUUUUCUUAAGGCGUCCCCGGGGAAUUUUAAGCAAGCAAUGGAAGUGGCGGUGAAAGAGGUAGGAAUUGAUUUUACGUGCAUCAUGAGUGAUGCAUUUCUUUGGUUUGCAGUGGAUAUGGCUCAGGGAUUGCAUGUCCCCUGGGUGCCCCUUUGGACCUCAGGGCCUCGUUCCCUCCUGUUGGUUCUUGAAAUCGAUUUAGUCCGCCAAAAAAUGGGAUGCACUAUUAAUGAACCGAAGACAGAACAAUUAGUUGACAUUCUUCCAGGAUUUUCUGAACUACGUGUUGCUGACAUACCCAAGGAAAUAAACUCGGACGGCGAGCAAUCAGAAUUCUCAGCAAUGUUGCAGAAAAUGGGAUUAACAUUACCACGGGCAGCUGCUGUUGCUUCAAACUCAUUUGAAGAAUUAGACCCUGAUGCGGCGAAUCUGUUCAAGUCAAGACUCCCCAAGUUUCUCUACGUUGGUCCCUUUGCUUUGGCGUCUCCAGAUCCAUUCACGUCUGAUCCACUGGGUUGCCUGGAGUGGCUGGACAAGCAGAAACAAGGAUCGGUGGUGUAUAUCAGUUUCGGAAGUGUGAUAAUGCUACCACACCAAGAGUUGGCGGAGAUAGCAGAAGCUUUAGAGGAAUGCAUGUUGCCAUUUCUUUGGUCGUUUAGAGGCAAUCCUGAGGAAGAACUGCCGAAAGGGUUCUUAGAAAGGACUAAAUAUAAGGGAAAAGUAGUUUCAUGGACUCCGCAGGUUAAAGUCUUGCAAAACAAAGCAACUGGAGUGUUUAUGACCCAUUGCGGGUGGAACUCGGUUUUGGAAAGUAUUAUUGGAUGCGUGCCUAUGAUUUGUAGACCAUUCUUUGGGGAUCAAACAGUGAACACGAGGAAUGUAGAAGCAGUAUGGGGUACUGGUAUCGGGAUUGAAGGUGGAAGGAUCACUAAAGAAGGAGUUACGAAAGCCUUGAAACUUAUCUUGUCAACCGAAGAAGGUAACAAAAUGAGAAAGAAACUUGAAUACUUCCAAGGUCUUGCUUUGGAUGCUGUGAAAUCAAAUGGUAGCUCUACCAAAAAUUUCGAAACUCUGGUAGAGUACGAUGAGUCAAAGGUGGAGAAGCCUGGAAGAGAUUUGAUUUUGUGGAAUUCGAUGAUUGAUGGGUAUGUGAAAUAUGGGAGGAUGAAGGAUGCUUUGAGAUUUUAA